AAGAAAGUUCUAUUAUUUCUACAUCACAACCGGGAAGAGAAUUAGAGGAAUCAGACAUUUUAAACAAACAAUAUUUUGAAGAACGACCAAGACAUCAGACUCCACAACCACAAACCAACGUAGAAAUAAAUUUUGAACAACAAGUAACAACCAUGAAUAAUGACCAAUUCAAUCAAUUGAUGAUAGCAUUAGGACAACUUACUGCACAGCUUGGGAAUCAACAAGGAGGAAACGGAAAUGCAGCUUCACGAACUACAAAUUAUAAUCGUCCACCACCUUCACCAAGAGAUGAUGGGGGACCAAGACCAAUGGAUCUUGACUAUAUUGGAGAAAGGGAAGAACCACCUUCUAGACCUAUCUAUAGACUAACAUACCAAGAAAUGAACGAAUUAAAGAACCAAUUGACUGAGUUAUUAAAGAAAGGAUUCAUCCGACCUAGUGUUUCACCUUAUGGCGCACCUGUCCUAUUUGUACAUAAAAAGGAAGGAACCCUUCGACUUUGCGUUGAUUAUCGUGCACUGAACAAAAUCACUAUUAAAAAUCGUUAUCCACUACCUCGUGUUGAAGACUUGACUGAUCGAUUAACUGGUGCCAAAAAACCUCAAUUAUCUGUCAUAUCUACUAUUUCUACUACUUUAAUUGAACCAAAUGAACUUAAAAAAAGCUAUCAAGAAGACAAACAUCUUGCUCAGAUUUGGGAAAUACUUCAUAGUACUAGUACAACUGCUAAACAAAAGGCACAAGUAAAGAAUUACAAAUUGGUUGAGAGCAAAAUAUACCUCCAUGAAGGGGAACGCCUUGUAGUACCUCGUCAAAAAGAUAUAAUCACCAAAAUCUUACAGGAAGCACAUGACAAUGUUACUUCAGGACAUCUUGGACGAGAUAAAACAUAUGAAAGAAUUGCACGGACAUACUAUUGGCGGCGUAUGAGUAAAGAUGUAAAAAAAUAUGUUGCUACAUGUGAAUCAUGUCAACGAAACAAAAGUACAAAUCAACAACCCACAGGUCUUUUACAGACAUUACCAACCCCAAACAAUCAAUGGGAACAAGUAACCAUGGACUUCAUUAUUCAAUUACCUCAUACAUCCAAAGGUUAUGAUGCCAUUGUAGUAGUUGUAGAUUGUUUGUCAAAAAGGGCACAUUUCAUACCUUCAACAACAGAAGCAACUGCACCUGACAUAGCAAGAAUAUUCUUUGAUAACAUCUUCAAACAUCAUGGAUUGCCAAAAGCACUUAUAUCAGAUCGGGAUCCAAAAUUUACCAGUCAAUUUUGGCAAGCACUUUUCAAGUUACUUGGAACAAAGUUGUCUAUGUCUACCGCUUACCAUCCUCAAACUGAUGGACAGACAGAAAGAAUGAACUGCACUUUGGAAGAAAUGCUUAGGGCAUAUACAACAUAUCAUCAAAAUAAAUGGGACGAACAUCUUUCUGCUGCUGAAUUCGCCUAUAACAAUUCAAAGCAAGCUUCAACUGAAAUGACACCUUUUGAAUUAGAUAUAGGACAACACCCAGUGACACCAUUGGAACUUGCAAACAACACAACUAAAGUAGAAGCAGCUGAAAAUCUAUAUACAACUUGGAAAAAUAAUCUACAAAUUGCCAAAGACACAUUAUUAGCUGCACAAGAAUGCCAAACUAAAUAUGCUAAUCAGCAUCGUCGAGAUGAAACUUAUAACAUUGGAGACCAAGUUCUGUUGUCAACUACAAACAUUAAUGAUGACAUCAAUAAAAAUCGUCCAACACGAAAGUUAAGUCCAAAGUGGAUAGGUCCAUAUCCAAUUGAAGAAGUAAUAUCAUCAACAGCCUAUAAAUUAACAUUACCAAAAACAAUGAAGAUACAUCCAGUGUUUCAUGUUUCUUUAAUAAAACCAUAUAGAACAACAAAUGAAUUCGAAAGGGAGAUACCACCACCACCUGUUAACAUUAAUAGUGAUAAAAAUGAGCAUGAUGAAUAUGAAGUUGAAAGUAUUUUGGAUAUGAAAACAAAACAUAAAAAGAAGUUCUAUCUCAUAAAAUGGAAAGGAUACCCUCUCUAUGAUGCAACAUGGGAAUCUGAAUCAAAUCUAACUAAUUGUCAUGAAGCUUUGCAAAAAUUUUUGAAUCAAUGA